AUGGCUCGUAUCUUCAUCACUGGUUCCAGCGACGGCAUCGGCCAAGCUGCAGCCAAAGUCCUUGCUGAACAGGGCCACUCCGUGGUCCUGCACGCACGAAACGCAGACCGCGCAGCCUCAGCCCACAAAGCCGUCCCGAAGGCCGAAGCCGUACUAGUCGGAGACCUGCGCUCGAUCUCCGAAACCAAGAAACUCGCCGAAGAAGCCAAUUCCCUGGGCCCCGGCGCCUUUGAUACAGUUAUUCACAACGCAGGAAUUGGCUACGGUGGCACAUCCAGCCGGGAAAUCACAGCGGAUACGAUCUCGGCUGUAUUCGCCGUCAACACUCUUGCACCAUACAUCCUUACCUGUCUAAUGAAGAGGCCUACAUCGCGCCUUCUUUAUAUGAGCUCGGAUAGUCACUACGGCGGUGAUGAGAACCUGCGGAAUAUUACGCAGUCGCAUUCUUACAGUGAUAGCAAGUUGCAUGAUACUAUGCUAGCCAAGGCGUUUGCUCGACGGUGGGGUGAGGAGAUUCAGGUGGUCAGCAUGCAUCCUGGCUGGGUCAGGACGAAGAUGGGAGGUUCGAUGGCUCCUGGGGGGUUGGAUAAGCCGACUAAGGCGCUUUCUGAAUGGGCUGUUGGCCAAGGGAAGUUGGCUAGCCUGAAGAGUGGAGCUUUCUUCACGACAAGCGGCGAGGAGUCGCCGCAUCCUGGGGCUGAUAAUGUAAGCAAGCAGGAGGAAUUGUUAAGGAUUUGCAAGGAAGUCUCUGGUGUAGAUAUUCCAGAGUAA